AUAACAUUUGCCAUGUGAAUUUCGUGCAACUUUUUUGAAAUUUUUAGAAUAUUUUCAGUUUAGUCGGUGCGGUAAAACCUAAUUUAAAAUGCGAAUCACUGGUGUGCUGCAGAAAAUUGGCGAUGUGUCGAAAAAGUUCGCCAAUCUGCCGGAAUCGUACGUCAAACGCAGCAUGGAGCAGGUUUAUUGGAAAACACCCCGCGGAUUGCCACAAUAUCUACCGCGCACCAUAGAGCGAAAACGGUUCCGUUUCACCACAAAUCGGCCCUGGACGGGUCAAUUCCGACAGCAGAAUAUGCCCGGUACCAUUAGGAAAAAGGUGUUUGUCGAGCCAGUUGCAAAUUGGUCAUUCUUCAAGGGCGAUCGCGUUGAGGUGCUCGUCGGAAGAGAUAAGGGCAAGCAAGGCAUUGUUAGCCAAGUGUUCCAGGAGCGAAACUGGAUCAUCGUCAGUGGACUGAAUUGUCACUUGCGAAAGGUGGCGGAUGAGAAGGAUUAUCCGGGAAUAACGAUUAAAUCGGAGGCACCAUUGCUUGUUACCGAUCAGGUGCGACUGGUGGACCCGUCGGAUCUGCAAGGGACAAGUAUUGAGUGGCGUUUCACUGAGGAUGGUGAAAAGGUUCGAGUAUCGACACGCACUGGGCGGAUCAUUCCCAUUCCGAAGGGGCACGAAGAGACGCACGAUUACAAGGCCAAAAGUUUGUACGUGGAACGGCCGAAGGAUACGGUGGGGGAUGUGGUAAAGGAGAUCACCUUCAAGCCAUCGCUGCAGACAUUCGAGAUGGAGAUCAUGAAAGAGAUGGGUAUCGAGGAAGAUAGGAUACCGACCAAGACGUACUGGUAUUAGACGCAAGGUAGGUGGUCGAAUAGUUCAGAAGGGUUUAAAUAACAGAUUCUGUUGCAAGGAUAAGAAGAA